AUGGAAACUGACUAUGUUCGCACCGAGGACGAUUUCCAGCGAAGAGGAGUUUUCUCACCUCUUCACACCUUAGAAGUGAAAAACUCCUUCUUAACAUUUGGAAAGUGGUUCAAGUACCCAAAUGAGAAUGAUGACGCAAGCGCACCAGGUGGGAUAACCAUUGCUGCAGGAGAAACCUCUCCCAACCCGCCAUUUGCUGCAUGUGGAAGGCAAGGUUCUCCAUCUGGGACUACAGGUGGAUUUGACAUCUAUACGAAGGGCAUCAAAGUUGCCACUAUACACUUUGAUUGUCCAUACAUUGGCAGUAAUAAGCUGUCUGUCAGCGAUUCCUGCAAGAAUUGUAUUGUGCAGCUUCCGUCCUUUUAUACUUCCGGUCCGCUGGGAGACCUUGUACUCAAAGUGGUGGCACUAGUUUAA